AUGGUUCUGACGGGAGUCACUUCCAAAGCUGUCCGCAAAGGGGACCCCGAACCACCAUUGGCUCCGGGGAAGUUCAGAGUUUACAACAUGAGAUUCUGCCCGUGGGCUGAGAAAGCAAUGAUUUAUGUCGCUGCGAAGGGCAUCGAUGCCGAAGUGAUCAACAUCAAUGUGACCGACAAACCAGAAUGGUACUUUUCGAAGCACUAUCAAGGGAAGGCGCCAGCUAUCGAACACAACGGAAAGAUAGUGAUCGAGUCUGGAUACAUUCCAGAAUAUUUAGAUGACGCAUUCCCGGAAUCUCGAAUUCUGCCGACUGAUCCUUAUGAGAAGGUUCAACAGAAAUUGUUGACGGAGAGAUUGACUGCGGUUGCCCACGCAGUGCCACUUCUGUUCGCCGUAAUGCGAGAUCGUUCUCUGAAAGAGGAGAAACAGCCAAAGGUUUUCGAAGUGUUGAAGCAAGCCGAGGACUUGUUGGCCGAUGAAUUCUAUGCCGGCUCCGCCCCCGGCUAUCCAGACUAUCUCUCGUUUCCAUUCUUCGAGAAAUGUUGGUGGGCAGCGAGUCUCGACGGCGUCGUCGAUCUCCCGACGACUUCGUUCCCCGGAGAAGAAAAAUAUCCAAAGUUGACUCUUUGGUUCGACAGAAUGCUCAAUUCCGACGCUAUCCAAUCGGUCACCCAAUCCAUUGAACAUGGAGCGGCGUUCAUGAACGCGUACGCGACACACCAGCCAAUGGAUUAUGAUUUGGGAUUGUAA